CCGAACCAGUCUCGCAGCGGCUCCAAAUGCUGAUUCGUUGCGUUGCGAAGACGAGGCUCACCACCACCGGCGUAGCAAGGCUCGUGUCUUCACUUGCAGAUGGUUCGGAUACGUCAUCAGUCGCACAUCGAAAUAGCUUGAAGGAGAUUCUGAGAAAGAACGGUCCACGACGCAGUGUUACCUCUCUGCUUCAGGAACGAAUCGAUUCGGGUCACGCCGUCGCGUUAUCGGAGCUCCGGCUAAUCUCAAAGCGUCUCAUUAGAUCUAAUCGCUACGAUCUCGCUCUCCAGAUGAUGGAGUGGAUGGAGAAUCAAAAAGAGAUUCAAUUAAGUGUUUAUGACAUUUCUCUUAGAUUAGAGUUAAUCAUCAAAACUCAUGGCUUGAAACAAGCAGAGGAGUAUUUUGAGAAGCUACUAAAUAGCUCUGUCUUGUUGAGAGUAGCGAAAUCGGCUUUUCUUCCUCUUCUUCGCGCUUAUGUGAAGAAGAAAAUGGUUAAAGAAGGGGAAGUUUUUAUGGAGAAGUUGAAUGGAUUGGGGUUUCUUGUUACUCCACACCCGUUUAACGAAAUGAUGAAGCUUUAUGAAGCUAGUGGUCAGUAUGAGAAAGUUGUUAUGGUUGUUUCGAUGAUGAAAGUGAAUAAGAUACCGAGAAAUGUUCUUUCGUAUAAUCUUUGGAUGAAUGCUUGUUGUGAAGUGUCUGGUGUUGCGGCUGUGGAGACGGUUUAUAGGGAAAUGGUUGGUGAUAAGAGUGUUGAAGUUGGGUGGAGUUCGUUGUGUACUUUGGCUAAUGUUUAUAUUAAGGGUGGGUUUUAUGAGAAGGCUAAGUUGGUUCUUGAGAAUGCGGAAAAGUUGUUGAAUAAAAGUAAUAGGCUUGGAUAUUUCUUCCUUGUCACGCUUUAUGCGUCUUUAGGGAAUAAGGAAGGAGUUGUUCGUUUGUGGGAAGCUUCUAAAUUGGUUUGUGGUAGGAUUAGUUAUGCAAACUACAUAUGUGUAUUGUCGUCUUUGGUGAAAAUUGGUGAUCUUGAAGAUGCUGAAAGGGUGUUUAGUGAGUGGGAGGCUCAAUGCUUUAACUAUGAUGUUAGGAUCUCCAAUGUUCUUUUGGGUGCUUAUGUGCGUAAUGGAGAAAUCCGCAAAGCCGAGUCAUUGCACGCCCGUGUAUUGGAGCGAGGAGGUAAUCCAAACUACAAGACUUGGGAAAUCUUAAUGGAGGGGUGGGUGAAAUGUCAAAGUAUGGAGAAAGCCAUUGUUGCUAUGCACCGAGCUUUUGAACUAAUGAAGGGAUGCCACUGGAGGCCGUCGCAGAAAAUUGUCAUGGUGAUUGCCGAGUACUUUGAGAAAGAGGAGAAAAUUGAAGAAGCAACUGCAUAUGUUAGAGAUUUGCAUCGGCUUGGUCUUGCAAGCUUACCGUUAUAUAGAUUGUUACUCAGAAUGCAUGAACAUGCCCAGAGACCAACUUCUGACAUCUAUGAAAUGAUGAAGUUGGACAAAAUUCGAAUAGAUGAGUAAAAAAGGUGAUUAAAGUGAAAGCAAAACUUUUUGAUGUAAAAGUAUAUGUUUUCACUAGAGGAAGUAAAACAGUCAUUUCAUA